CGCUUUGGGUGGCCUUCCGCUCGGGCGGCUGGCGGGAGGGGCUCGGGGGCCAUCUGGCGGGCUCCCCGGCGCCUCGGCCCUUGGAAGUGCGAUGAGAUCGGUUAGCUACGUGCAGCGCGUGGCCCUGGAGUUUAGCGGGAGCCUCUUCCCGCACGCAAUCUGUCUCGGAGACGUGGAUAACGAUACGUUAAAUGAGCUGGUGGUGGGCGACACCAACGGAAAGCUGUCCGUGUAUAAGAAUGAUGACAGCCGGCCAUGGUUCACCUGUUCCUGCCAGGGAAUGUUGACUUGCGUCGGGGUUGGAGAUGUGUGCAAUAAAGGAAAGAACCUGGUAGUGGCGGUGAGCGCUGAAGGCUGGUUUCACUUGUGUGACCUAACACCCACCAAGGCCCUGGAUGCCUCUGGGCACCAUGAAACACUAAUGGGAGAGGAGCAGCGGCCGAUCUUCAAGCAGCACAUCCCUGCCAACACCAAGGUCAUGCUGAUCAGCGACAUCGACGGAGACGGACGUUGUGAGCUGCUGGUAGGUUACACGGACCGCGUGGUACGUGCCUUCCGCUGGGAAGAUCUGGGAGAGAGCACUGAUCACCCCACGGGGCAGUUGGUAUCUCUCAAGAAGUGGAUGCUGGAGGGCCAGGUGGACAGUCUGUCAGUGACUCCAGGGCCCCUGGGUGUUCCUGAACUGAUGGUUUCUCAGCCAGGCUGUGCUUAUGCAAUCCUACUGUGUACCUGGAACAAGGACACUGAGCAACCCCCUACCUCUGAGAGCACCCCAGAGGGCAGUAGGGAGAGCCCAGCGGCCCGAGAUGUCGUGCUGCACCAGACCUCUGGCCGCAUCCACAACAAGAAUGUCUCCACUCACCUCGUGGGCAACAUCAAACGAGGCCAUAGCCCUGAGAGCGGUGGCUCCGGCCUCAUUGCCCUCUGCACCCUGGAUGGGACGCUCAAGCUGAUGGAGGACGCAGACAAGCUGCUGUGGUCGGUGCAGGUGGAUCACCAGCUUUUCGCUCUAGAGAAAUUGGAUGUCACGGGUAACGGGCAUGAGGAGGUAGUGGCCUGUGCUUGGGACGGACAGACGUACAUCAUCGACCACAACCGCACCGUUGUCCGCUUCCAAGUGGAUGAGAACAUUCGUGCCUUCUGCGCAGGCCUAUAUGCCUGCAAAGAGGGCCGCAACAGCCCCUGCCUCGUGUAUGUCACGUUCAACCAGAAGAUCUACGUGUACUGGGAGGUGCAGCUGGAGCGGAUGGAGUCCACCAACCUGCUGAAACUCCUGGAGGCCGAGCCAGAGUACCAGAGCCUGCUGGAGGAGCUGGGCGUUGAUCCUGAUGACCUCCCAGCUGCCCGCAAACUGCUUCACCAAACCCUCUACCAUCCAGACCAGCUGGCACAGUGUGCUUCCACAAACUCCCAGGAUCCCACCUAGCUGGGCUUGCCACUUGGCUGAGGCAGAUUCCUUGAACCUCCCCACCCUUCAAGGUACCGUGUUGUUGGUUGGAUAGGGACUCUGCAUGACAGAGGAGCACGGCAGGAUGGCAGUGACCCUGGGGUCAACUAAAGAACUGUCAACUCUAGAUCCCGUGGUCUUUUUGGUGGAAGACGAGACAGGUUGCCCUCUGCCCAUUUCCUUGCGUACCUUACCCAACGCGUCAGCAGGUCUGCCCAACCUUGUUCCACAUCGUCUGGUACAUUCCUAUGCCCAGAAUUCCCACUCCCUCUGUCAAGAAGGCAGACUUGUUUGUGAGGAGGGGAUACAGAUCUAGUGUGUGGCCCUGACACCCUUAGGAGACCAGGCUUAGAUGCUGCUAGAGCUGUGAGGUAAGGGCCCCACCCCUUCCUGAGCACCGUCGCUGUGGCACAGAAGCCAUCCGCAUCAGCAGCUCUGACUGGAAUGACAAACAACUAACUUUGGCUUGGAGGGAUUUUUCAAUUAAAAUUUACAGACAAUUUACAGUCUGGUCUUCCUGUGUUCCCAGCAACCCUGAGAUGAUUACCAAAGACACUAGCUCAGCACAUUCUCAGUAGCCGUGUUCUUCAGGUACCAUGCAGCUUCGCAGGCCUUGCUUCCAUCUCCCUCUCAAAACACCUCAUGGUUAGACAGGAGACAUUUAAAAUCUGAUGCCGGUUUAUGAACCAGACCACAGCAUCAGAUCAGAUAUUGGACCACUUUUAUACCUUCUGCUCUUGAUUCUGCGUGCCCUAAAUCAGUGUCUUUCAAGUUAUAGGUUGUAAUUCUUUGGUGGACUGUGAUCAACAUUUUUUGAAUAAAUGGAAUGGAAAAGAAUAAAUUAGAAUGGAAGAUACCAGAGUAUUGCUCACAGCGCAGGUUAGCACUGCUGGGUGUUGCGUGCGUACGUGUGUGUGUGGUGCCUACAGUGUAAACUCUUUCCUGCUGUUAAGUGGUGCCCAAACAUGUUUGAAAGCCACUCCUCUCAAUAAUCCUGACCUGGGAGGGGUCUACAUUCAUAUUUCCUAUCAGGGCAAAGGGAUCUUCAACUCCUGAUAAGCAGGGAGCCAGACAGAGGACAUCGGUGUAGAGAAACAGGUGUUUAUUCAGAAGGAGAGCAGCUGAGCUAAGGCCCGCCACUGGGCCCGGGAUCUGCAGUUACAGAAGCAGCAGAGGCUGAAGGGAGCGAAUCAGGUGGGACCCAGGAAAGCCAAGGUCAUGAGCAAGGCAGUGUGGGGCCAGGGUACUCUUCCACGAGUGAUAGGGCGGCCCGC